CGGCGCAGUCACUCGGGCAAGUCCUCUCCCGUUGCCUCUGGUGCGUGUCUUGGUCAUUCAGCCAUUCACCAGACUUCCUGAGUGCAAUACAUGGAGUCGUCCUGCGCCAAGUGCAGCAGCAGUAUCGCUGCGACCGACCAAUUCUGUAUCUAUUGCGGCACCUCCGUCGUCCGCCCCGACGCAGCAUCCGCGUCCUCUUCCAACGUUGAACCGGCAGCUCCUGAGGAAGCCGCGGUCGAAGUCCCACCCGCGCCGGCGUCUACCCCGGCCCCCACUCGUGUCCUGUCGUCAACUACUCCGACUCCGCCGAGUGUUCCUUCCCCUCCCAAGUCGGCUCCUGUUGUGUCGUCGCGUGUCGUGGAAACAGUGCGCAAGGCGGCGAAAACCACAGACGACCGUCGGGAUUCCAUCGACGGAUAUUCUCUUAGCGACAGUUCGCUUGCUCAAAUUGCUGACCUUCAACGCCUCUGGCUUCCAGAUGACUUUUCCACCGACUGCAUGGACUGCGGCAAGACGUUUGGAUUUCCCCAACCUCGUCGCCACCAUUGCCGUGUGUGCGGUCAAUUGUACUGCCGCGACUGUGUCGCCAACAAAUGCACAAUCCCGUCGUCGUUCGGGUAUGCCGACAAGCCGCAACGGUGCUGCAAAUCGUGCACGAUCUCGCUGCAAAUGAAGGGAAUCAAGACUCCUGCCGAUGUCUUUUCCCAGCGCGAACAAGCUCAAACCCGUGUACUACCCACACCCAAGCCCGUCGCACCCGCGGCAGCGCCACCUGCUUCCGUUCGAGUGGCGCCUCCUCCAAGCAUGCGUCUUGCAGCCGCCACGGUCAUCGCGACAAGCCGCAUCAAAUCGUCCAACGUCGAUAGCGGCGUCAACCUGAACGACUUUGCGUCCAAGAACCCGACCCAAGUCGCCCGUGCCGAGCAAAAGGAGUGCCAAAUUUGCUUCCGGCAAUUCGCCAUCGGGCGCCGUGCCAACCACUGCCAGCGCUGCACCCGUUCUGUAUGUAACGGGUGCUCGCAAGGGCUGAAGCCCAUCCCGGAGCUCGGUUUUGCCACCCCCGUGCGCCACUGCAACAACUGCAUGACAAAACCUCCCCAGUUCUUUUCAUUGGAGACGGAAGGUGUCGUGGAGCCCUUGCCUGGCUUCGAAUUCCUCUCCAAGAUGGACUUUAAGAUUGCUGUGACUGACGUCGGCGGCGAAGCCACGGAAACGUACAAGGUGGACGUAUACUUCGAACCGAACGCGGCCCACGUCAAGGCCCUUGGUGAAACCCUCCGCGCCAGCGACAUCGAAGCCGCCAAGGAGUACUGCAUGUCUCGCAAGCGCAGCAUCGCCGACUUCGAGUGGCUCGCGACGGCGUUGGGCGACCAAGUCACGUCCAAGGCGCUGCCAAACUUUCCCGAAAAGCGCGUGCCUCGUGGGGCGAAGAAGGGCCAGUCUCUCCAAGUGUUUUUGUCGGGCUGCCUCGUCCACUCGUUGUACCGAUCGUGCGAUGCGCUCAAGGCGUUUUUCGGCUUGACGAACGAACAGUUCCGCGCGUUCAAGAACGCGGGUGCGAACACCGAGCUGAAGGUCGCCCCCGAGUACACUGACGUGCUCAUGUGGCUCCAACUCAAGAUGGAACAAGACCAGAUGGAGCACAAACUCGCUACGUUGGUGCAGCGCCGUAAGGACAACGAAUCCCGCGUGGCCAAGCAGCAAGCGCGAAAGCAGGCGUACGAAGGUCGCAAAGUGAACCAAAUGUCUCGACGCACGAACGCGCAGGCUCGGUACGAAGCGCUGUGCGCGCGCAAGGAAAGCCAAUUAGCGCGGCACAACCGCGAGAAGAACCGCCUCGAGACGCAGAUGACGCGUGUGGACAUUGUAUACGACGACACCAAGGCCGACGAAGACGUCCGCAGCAUCGAAGAGGACGUGCGCCAGAAGGAAAAGGUCGAGUUUGUCAAGUCCAAGGACGCGUUCCAGACAGACACGACCGAGUGGAACAAAGACAUGGCGCUGUGGAGUCGCCAGCGCGCCGACUGGAGCGACCACCACAACCCGCCGGUGUCCAAACAGAUCGCCAACGAAUGGCUCAUCAAGGCCUUCGGCGUGUUCCACCGGUUCACGGCGGAAGGCAACACGGCUGCGAUCCCCAAGGAACUCGCCAACUUGCACGCCAAGGUCGAGCAACUGCAGGACGAAGAACCGGCGUUGCUCGAGAAGGAAGGCCAGGCGUUGGACGACGAGUGGAGCGAAUUGAGCAAAGAGCGCGACAACUGGGCCCAAGACCGGUCCAACAUGAAGCGUGAGGACGACAUGUGCCACGACGAGGACGUGCGAUACAAGCAGGAGCACGAACACGUCAGGCUGUACCACGAACACCGCCAGAAGAAGGUCGACGCGAUCGAGGCGGACCUUGCGGCGCUCGACAUGGAGAUCAAGUCCCGCGCCAAGGCGUACGCACAACGCAAGCUGCGCCAUGAAGCUCUCGACAAGGAAUACGAACUCGAGUGGAAAAAGAGCCAAGACCAACGGAUGGCGUACACGGCCGAGCGCAUGACGGCACACGGUGACCGCAUCGCCCGUGGCAAGAAACGCUGCGAAUGCCUCAGCGAACAACUCACUCGUCAGCAAAAGUCGAGCCGCCUCCUGCUUUUCAAGCGCGCCGCGAUGAACGAAGAACGCGACGAAGACACCACCGUGUUCACCGAACACAAGGACGGGUGCAAGUCUGCGUUGGAUGCGGCUGCGAGCAACUUGGCGAUGGCUCCCGAGUACGUCACCCGUCUCGAUUCGGACGUUGCGAUCAACAAGCAAGAAACGGACGACAUCUUGGCGUCAAACUACCGCACGCCCAUGGAAGGUGACGUCGUUGACGAGCGCGACCCGUUCAUGAACGAAGUCCGCGCCCGCCGCCGCGCAUUCCAAGUCGAGUUGGACGCACAACAGAGCCAACUCGCGGCCGAAUUCGGUGUGUGCGAGUCGCUCCUCCACCGCAUCUCGGGCUUCAUUACCCGCUUGAACGAAGAGACCGCGACCGCGGUCAAAGAAGAAACCCUCAUUGUCGAGUACCAAGCGUUUUUGGAAUCGGAAAAGAAACUCAUCGCUGACGAAGAAACGUGCCGCGAACAGAAAAAAACGUACUUGACGUCGCUGCUCACGGAUGCCGGCAACUGGGUCUACGAUGCCCUCCACGACCACUCGAAGCGCAAGAAGCGUGAGGCGGACCGCCUCGUGAAGCAAGCUUUGCGAGCAUCUGAACUCCAGCGCCUCGUUCAGCACUUUACGCACCGCGUGAUCGAACAGGAAGAGCGCAUUAUGCGCCAGAAGCAGCGCAUCCUUCUCGGCGAGCACAAGCUCGAGAUGCUCAAGAGCUCCGACUCGUGGUUUCUCCACGUGACUGUGCACACACCCGACAUUGGCAAGCACGACGCCAAGUGCCUCGAAGUUGCUCGGAAGGAGCGCGAAGACGACAUUGUCCAGGGCAGCAAGCUUCUUGCCGAAGACGACGCAGACACCGCGUCUGUGACGGCCGAGCUCGAGAAGUCCAAGGCGUGCGCCGAAGAAAAGGCAAUCAAGCGCGACGUGUGGGCCUACGUCGAGGACGUGUACAAUUCGGACAAGCCGCAGGAAAAGGAUGAGGACAUGAUGAUGACGUCGCAGAUCCGUGGCCUUGUCGCCCAGCUCGGCGAGACCUUCGAGAUGCUCACAAACCGCUUGGCGGAAGAAGAGGAGAGCCUGGAACAUGCCCACUCGAUCUUGGUCGGGGAAGUUGACUCGAUCAAGCACUUUAUGGAGCGCAUCGACUCGGAAGAAUCCGCGUUGAGCGCGACCGAGAAGAACUCGCUCCAAAAAGAGUCGAACGUCCGCAAGGCUGAAAGCGACCUCAUCGAACAGCGCGCGCGCGCGCUGAGCUCCAACUACAAGUCGAUUGCGUCCGAGCACGCCAAGCUGCCGGUCACGUUUGACGCAGUGCGCAAGACCCGCGCGAGUCGAGAAAUCCCGCUCAAGCUGCGCGACGCCGAACUCGACGUGGCGCGCCGCCUCGUCAAAGCCCGCAACUUCUACGACAAAAAGGCGUGCAGCGACUUUGCUCGCAAGUACAUGACCAACGUGUCGACCGAGCCGAACGAAGUGCGCGAGGUGCUCGAUUGGCUCUUGGUCACUGUCGACAGCGACAUCAAGGCCGUCGAGAAGUGGCUCACGUUGAGCAAGGCCGAGCGCAAGGAAAUGACGCUGUUGGCGACGAAAGCCAACGAAAUCGACUGGAGCGCCGACAUGUUGACCAAAAUUCCUGCCUUCACCGACGUCGAUGCCGUGAUUAAGGACAAGGGUGUCAGUGCGGUCCAUGCCAAGGAGCAAUGGGUCGUCGAACUCAUCAACGUCAAGCGCGCGAUCGCGUCCAAGGACAAGGACCUAUGUGCCAUCGUGGACGAGACUGUCGCGGUGGCCAAGAAGGAAGAGGCCAAGGUGGCGCAAUGCCUCGACAAGUUGAAAGCUUCCAAAGAGGAAGUGAUCAACACAUUGCGCAUCAUUGACCGGGAAGAAGCCAAGGCCGUCCGCAACGGCAAGCCGUACUUGGAGGUUGAAGCCCCUGUCGACACGACCGCCGCGGCCGCAGCAAUUGCGUCGUAUCCUAUCGUGCAGUCCAACCGCAAGCCGCGCAACAGCCAGAACCGUGGCACGGACUUGGUCGUGACGGAACCUCCCGUCCGAGAGGAACCGACCAUCUCAGAAGAAGAAGGCGAGAACCAACCCGAUGCAGCACCAACCGCGGCCGACAGCGAGGCCGCCCCUGCAGCCCCACAACACCCCGUCGUGGAACUGACCCUUUGAACUACUCGCUCGUGGUUUCACGGGACGCGAUCGAGUGGGUGGAUCUAUUAAUGGAAUAUAACAAAGUGUGUGUGUGUCAAUGUGCUGAAGCAGCUUGUUACACCUCAAUCAAGACGUAGUCUUCGUGGGCCGGUAGGUUGUCGCUGCUGUCUGGCGGCAAGAUGCUGUAUCCCACCAAUUUGGCCACGGGGAUUCUCGUCCGGACAUGGCGCGUCCGCCGACGGCACGUCAGGCGCCGUCGUGCGUUUGUAUGAUUCCACGCAACCAUUACACCCACGAGCAAAAGACACGCGGCGAACAAGACGAAGAUCCAAGACGUUGACCGAGUCGCUGCCGUGGGAACUCGAAGGUGGUCAGUACCUGGCGCUAUCGUCGACGCAAACUCCGCUCGCGCGCCGUGCCAUGCAUGGGUAGAUACUUGACGUGACAGCUUCGUCUGGACGAACAUAACAAGCGACAUGGAGGGACGUCAACGCCGCUGUGGAGCUCCUCGUGUGGACGCUUUGGAUGCCAAAUGCCCCCCACUGGGAACCCGCCAUCGAGAGCGUCAACUCGAUGGAUGACCAGCCGCCAUAUUGCUCGCCGUGAUCUUGGACGCUAUCUUUAGCGUUGAUAGAGCAUGUUCCGCGUCCUAAUUGAUCCAAUCAUCGAGCGUCAAAUGCUCGGCCGCAU